GCGCCUUCGGGGAGCCGGCGGCCGCGGCGGUUGUUAUUCCUGCGACGGGCCCCGCCGCCGCCGCCCAGGUGAGAGGCUGCCCGGUCCCGCCGCCCAGGUGAGAGGCUGCCCGGGCCCCGCCGCCCCCGGGGGAAGGCGGCCGGCCAGGCGCGGGGCUCCCUGGGCGUUCCCCGCGGCCUGGGCCCGGGGUCUGUCCGCGGCCGGGCCGGGCCCGAUGCAGGCGCAGGGUCUGGCCGCUGGUCCCCCGGCCAGCCGGCGGCUUUCUCGGGAGGGGGAGCGGCCUUGCGCGCCCGUCGGUUGGGGAGGUUACUUAGAGACAACUGUAGAAGAACUGUAAUUGUGAUGUUUUAUGUUUGAACAAUGGCCAUGAACGACAGCGUUAAUAUUUUGAACUCUGCUUAUCUGGCAGUGGAAUAUAUAGACUCUUUCUUGCCUGACAAUCCCCUGCAGCAACCAUUUAAAAAUGCUUGGAAUUACAUGUUGGACAACUACACAAAGUUCCAGAUUGCAACUUGGGGUUCACUUAUAGUUCAUGAAGUUUCAUACUUUUUGCUCUGUGUACCUGGAUUUGUUUUUCAGUUUAUACCAUACAUGCAGAAGUAUAAAAUUCAGCAGGAUAAACCAGAAACAUGGGAAAAACAGUGGAAGUGUUUCAAAACACUCCUCUUCAAUCACUUUUUCAUUCAGCUUCCUCUGAUUUGUGGCACCUAUUACUUCACGGAGUAUUUUAACAUCCCAUAUGAGUGGGAAGAGAUGCCUAGAUGGUACGUUCUGGUUGCCCAGUGUUUUGGAUGUGCAGUGAUUGAGGAUGCCUGGCACUAUUUCCUGCAUAGAUUGCUGCAUCACAAGAGGAUAUACAAGUAUAUCCAUAAGGUUCACCAUGAGUUUGUUUCUCCAUUUGGAAUGCAAGCAGAAUAUGCCCAUCCUCUGGAAACACUUAUCCUUGGAACUGGCUUUUUUAUUGGAAUUGUUGUGUUCUGUAACCAUGUGAUUCUUCUGUGGGCAUGGGUGAUAUGUCGCUUGAUGGAAACCAUUGACGUACACAGUGGCUAUGAUGUUCCUCUGAACCCUCUUCAUUUGGUGCCUUUCUAUGCUGGGGCCCGUUUUCAUGAUUUCCAUCACAUGAACUUUAUCGGCAAUUACGCUUCAACCUUCACGUGGUGGGACAGGAUCUUUGGUACGGACUCUCAAUUCAUUGCCUAUAAAGAAAAAGAGAAGAAGCAACAGCUCAUAAUGAAGAAGAAGGCUAAAUAAAUCUCCAGUGUAAAAAUUCUGAUGCUAAUACUGGUAGUCAACUUUUGCUUUUCUGUAAAGCAAAAUAGUGAUUGGAUGUUAAGCGUAAAUCUUGUUCCUCAGCUACUAAGUGGUAGGGAAAAAAGGCUAAUUACACUGCAGUAUCUUCCUAAUGGGAACGCUUUCUAUUUUAUACUUAAGUACUGCAUAUAUUUUAACUACAGAUUUAAAGAUGAUGCAAAAAACCUGAGAUGAUUUGUGACUAUCUUUUUUUUUUGUUUGUUUUUUAAAAAAAUAAAAAAAUCAAUUUUAUCUUUAAUGUUGCCCACUUUGGAUCCAGGCAGAAUUGUAUGUAUACACUGAAAUUGGACUUAGUUUUUUUAAAUACAUAUUACUAAAUUUGUACUAUGAGAUAGCAGAACAUAUUAACUAGUAUCAGCACUCUAUUAUUUAAAUAUUGGGUAAAAGUUGCUUAAAACCAAAACAUCUGUUAAUAAGAAACUUGGACAGGCCUUUUGCACACUGGAUAAUGCGAAUUCUGUUAAUAACAGAAUACCUGGCUAAACAUGAGUUAGCAGAGAGACAUUCCUGACCUAGAUUUAUUAUGUCAUUUUAGAUUACAGGUAAAAAGAAUAGAAGUUUUUAUUUGAAGAAACUGUCUUUUGCUGCUGUUUUGACAUUGGUCUGUCAGUGUACUUAGCAUUUACAUUACAUUCUUCUCUAUGUGUUGUAAUUUGCUAAAUUGACUUGUUGCUAUAUUUGCACUCGUGACUGAUGAAAUAAAUGUGGUUUGGUUUGA